AUGGCCUACAACAGUGGCACGUCCGAUUGGCAACCCACCAACCGCCUUCUGAUAAAUUAUAGGAAUUAUGACAAUAAGACAAACAACUUAACUACAUCUAACUCCAAGUUUCUUGUAAUAAUGCUACCACUAAAUGCAAGUUGGUGCUUUGCUGUUAAUGCUGUUGGUAUAAAUAUCAUUGCAUUGACUUUUGUCCAUUCUCAUCUGUUUCUUCUUAAGUAUGAAGAUCAGCAUUGCAGACACCAUGAAAUGAACAUCUACCGGCUUUCCUCUUGUCCUAAAAGGUUAGGUGCUUGGCAUUUAAACUUUAAGAACGUUCGAAGAAUUCUGGCGCAUGAAAUAGAAAUUAAAGACAGAGAAAAAAGAUCAGGUGAAAUAACUCCUCACAUUGAAUGCUCUCAACAACUGUCCAGUGAUCAAAUUGAAUUCAAGGCAGGCAACUACCUGGUCCCAUUAGAGGGAGAUAUGGAUGAUUUCCGUUUAGAUCAGGAAGAAGCAGGUGCAGUUGCAGCAGCAGCAGGAGGAAAGAAAGAGACUGAAGAUUGUUCUUGGUCAUCGCAUUCACAUGUUCAGGCUCAACAUAGGCGCUCUAAGAGUGCAUCUGACAGAAAUUUGGAUGUUUCUAGUGGUGUUCUGCAUCCUGGAAAGAAAGAGCAGAAUGAACUACAUGCAUCUCCAUUAUCAACAAGGACUUAUAGGACUCGGAGUCCUCUUCAUGACUUCUCUGCUUAUAGCAACAGCAAUACUUCAUUGAACCAGCGAGCCUCUUUAGAAAAAGAUAUAGAACUGCUGCAAUUACGUUUACAACAAGAAAAAUAUAUGCGAACUAUGCUUGAGAGAGCAAUGGGGAGGGCUUCAAGCACUUUAUCUCCCGGACACAGGCAUUUUGCUACACAGACAAAGGAAUUGAUUGCGGAGAUCGAGUUACUUGAGGAAGAGGUUUCCAACCGAGAGCACCAUGUACUCUCUCUCUACAGGAGUAUUUUUGACAAUUGUGUUAGUCGGCCCCCAUCUGAGCAGAGCGCAGGCAAGGCUUCUCCUGCCCAUGCAAAACAUACAUCAAGGAAACACCCGAGUAUCAUUUCAAGUGCAUUUUGUUCAUCAAAAAAGUUUCCUCUGAGACCUUUGCAAGCUCUAGUUGCCACAAAUGACUCUGGGAAAAGAAUCUCAAGAAGUAUUGAUGCUUCACAGUUCUGUGGAAAAAAUGACAUUCUAUUUGAUAAGACAUGUUCGCACCUGGUUAAGGCUCAUGAAAAGGUCCAGGGGAUGGAGAAAACAUCAGUACUGCGAACACUGAAAGAUCACCUGUACCAAUGUCCAAGCAAGUUGUCUGAGGAGAUGGUCAGAUGUAUGGCAGCAGUAUAUUGCUGGCUUUGUACUGCAACAUCUUUAAAUUCUGAGAAAAACCGAUCACCUUUACUGUCAAGGUCAUCAACUAAUGUUGUACUUCCAAGACGCGGUGUUGGAGAGGACCAGGAUUUCUCUUGCACGUCCAAUGUUGAAAUAUCAUGGAUAUCAACUGAUAAGAGCCAAUUUUCUCGUGCAUCUUAUGCCAUUAGUAAAUACAGAGCUCUAGUGGAACAACUAGAAAAAGUGGCAGUGAGACAGAUGGAAUAUAAUGCCCAACUUGCAUUCUGGAUCAAUGUGUACAAUGCCCUUGUUAUGCAUGCAUAUUUAGCAUAUGGAAUUCCCCACAGUUCUUUGAGACGGUUAGCCUUGUUUCACAAGGCUGCAUACAACAUUGGUGGCCAUAUCAUAAGUGCAAAUGCCAUGGAGCAGUCAAUAUUUUGCUUCCGUACACCUCGAAUUGGAAGGUGGCUAGAGACCAUCAUCUCCACUGCCUUGAGGAAAAAAUCUGGUGAAGAAAGGCAAUUUAUCAGUUCAAAAUUUGGUCUUCCAUAUUCCCAACCACUUGCCUGCUUUGCACUCUGCACUGGAGCAUUUUCUGAUCCUAUGCUAAAAGUUUACACAGCAUCAAAUGUUAAAGAAGAGUUAGAAGUUGCAAAAAGAGAGUUUCUUCAAGCAAAUGUAGUUGUGAAGAAAUCAAAGAAAGUAUUUCUACCAAGAGUGCUAGAAAGGUUUGCGAAAGAAGCCUCCAUCAGCUCAGAUGACCUCUUGAACUGGGUUAUUCAAAAUGUUGACAGAAAGCUCCAAAAUUCAAUACAGAAAUGCAUAGAUGGUAAAUCCAAGACCAAGAAGAAGUCAUCACAGGUUAUUGAAUGGUUGCCUUAUAGUUCAAGAUUCAGGUAUAUUUUCUCGAAAGACUUAACCGAGAAACCAUGGUGGGUGUGAAUUUGAGUCUAGGCAAUUAAUGAGGCUUAUGAAACACAGCUUUUAGCCAGGGGUGAGGUUUCUGGUCAUCUUUACUUUUAAUUCCAUGUUCAUUUCAUUGUACAUCCUGAUCUUCUUUUAACUUAUUCUCCUCAAUCUAGA